AUGAGAAACCGUCUGGUGGCGUAUGGCCGUCCGCCAUUGGAUCUAAGCCAAGAAGAGCAGAGGGACGCCUUUCUCUCUUCUCUGAAGAAUUGGAUGACAUCAAUGGCGGGCAAUGAAGAUAAUACCAAGUUUGGUUAUCCCGAUAUUGAAUGGGCACAGAUAGAAUCAUUCAGUCACUUGGACCACUGA